CCGUUGGAAGCCAUGAAAAUCGUCACUUGGAACGUAAACGGCUUGAGAACCUUUAAAGGCGGCUUUAAAAAUGCCCUCGAUUCCCUGGACGCAGACGUUAUAUGUGUGCAAGAGACAAAAGUGACAAGAGACUUGCUCGGUGACAGAGCGGCCAUGGUGGACGGCUACAACUCCUAUUUCAGCUUUAGCCGCGGACGCAGCGGCUACUCAGGAGUUGCCACUUACUGCAAAGACAGUGCUGCCCCAUUUGCUGCUGAGGAGGGUCUUACAGGCCUGCUGACCAACCACGAGGAGACAGUCGGAUGCUAUGGUGACCAUGCAGAAUUCACCAGUGAGGAAUUGCAGCUUUUAGACAACGAAGGGCGCGCUGUCAUUACUCAGCACAGAAUGAUGUGUCAAGACCAAGUAAAAUUGGUUGCAAUUGUUAAUGUAUACUGUCCACGGGCCGAUCCUGAAAAGCCUGAGCGAAAACGGUUUAAGAUGCAGUUCUACAGGUUGCUUCAGUGUCGGGCUGAAGCCAUACUGGAGGCUGGGAGCCAUGUCAUUGUUUUGGGAGAUGUGAAUACAUCUCACCGGCCUAUAGACCACUGUGACCCCACUGAUAUUGAUGACUUUGAGGAGAACCCUGGAAGGAAAUGGCUGAACAGGUUUUUGCACAGUAACGGUGAGGAGCAACUGGAAGAAGAGAGUGGGGUAACUUCAGCAGAUCCCAUCCAUAGUGGAAAAUUUGUGGAUACUUUCCGCUACUUCCACCCGACACGUACCAAUGCCUUCACGUGCUGGUCCACUCUGACUGGAGCUCGGCAGACCAAUUACGGCACACGUAUUGACUAUGUAUUUGCUGACUACCAGCUGGCCAAAGAGCAGUUUUUGGCAGCGGACAUCAUGCCAGAGGUGGAGGGGUCUGAUCACUGUCCUGUCUGGGGGGAACUCAGGUGCACUCUCCUAGCCAGCUCGAAGCUUCCCUCUCUCUGUACUUGUCACUUACCAGAGUUUGCUGGCAAACAGCAGAAACUCUCCCGGUUCCUGGUUAAGGUGGACCAGAAAUCAAGUAAAGCUGAGCUCAGUGAUUCAUUACCUGGAUCUCAAGAGGCUGAGGAGAGGCGGGAGAAUGUAAAUCCCCUCGGAGUGGAAAACCAGUCUGUAACGAAAAGGACGUUGGCUGUGGAGUCUGCUGUCCCGAAAGCAAAGAAACGUAAAAUGAUUAAAAGCUCCUCAAAGCCGCAGGGCAGCCUCCUUGCCUUUUUCAAACCCAAGCCCACCAAUGUCGUUCCAGCUGUGGAGUCCCUUUCCAGUCAUUAUGAAAAAGUGCCCGGGCUAGAUGCGGUGACAUCACAGAGCUUUCAAACAGGACACCCUACAGGACAAGAUGUCUCAGACAAAGCCAGGGACACCGAGGGUACCGCGGGUCUCUGUAGCACAUCACCGGCGCUACCUCUGGUUACUGCCAGAGAGGAGAGGGGUCAGAAGACACAGACAGAUGCUCAGUGUUUAAGUUCAGGCCCCACUGUGGGACCUGCAGGUCCAAAGAAGGGGGCUUCGCUACUGUUUUGGAAAUCGGUGCUUCACGGGCCACCCCAACCACCCCUUUGUAAAGUUCACAAGGAGCCCUGUGUGCUGCGUACUGUAAAAAAGGAAGGGCCUAACCUGGGCAGACAGUUUUUUGUUUGUUGCCGUCCUCAGGGACAUGCGUCCAACCCGGAGGCUCGAUGUAACUUCUUCGCGUGGGUUGACAAGGGCAAAUGAGACGCGCGUUCGCUGCAAGGGCACCAAAUCUACCCCAACUCGGCGAGCAACUUGAAAACAACUCUGGCCCCAGCCGUAGUGCAACUUGUACCCAUGUCUCGCUGUUUUACAGAAACCAGUUGUGUUUUUAACGUUAGAAUAAAGUA